AUGUUGUCGAGAGUACUGAGGAUAGGUCAAAGACAAGAGGGGCUUCCUCCUGGUCCACCGACGGUCCCCAUACUAGGGAACGCCCAUAUCUUCCCGAAGGCCUAUGCCCACUAUCAGUUCACGGAAUGGGCGAGAAUAUACGGGGACGUCUACUCCUUGACGUUAGGCUCCGGAGUAGUCAUCGUUCUCACCAGUAUGGAAGCCAUUCGGGAACUCAUGGAUAGACGAAGCGCGAGCACGGCCGACCGCCCUGCGAACUACAUGUCGAUUCUGAUCACGGGCGGCUUGAAUAUGACGCGAGCGCGGUAUUCGGACACAUGGCGGGCACUUCGCAAGGCGGCUCAUUGGGUGUUGACGCAGCAGAAGUGCAACAAGCAUUUGUCAAUCCAAUGCGCGGAGUCGACUCAAUUGAUGUACGAUCUUCUACAAACUCCCGAGCGAGCUUGGUGGCAUGUCCGGAGAUAUUCGAACUCCGUUGUCCUUUCCGUUUUCUAUGGUAAACGUGCGCCGAGGUACGAAACCAAGGAAACGGCGGCGUUCUUCGAGAUCACGCGCCUCGUCAAUUACCUCAAUGAACCUGGGGCACAUCCACCUGUCGACCAGAUCCCCCUUUUGCGAUACGUACCCGAAAGAUGGGCUCCGUGGAAGCUUGCGUGCCGUCAACUUCGGCGUAUGCAAAGGGAUCUCUAUUUCGACCUUCUCAGCGAAAGCGAGGCGAGAGUGCAAAAUGGAGAGUCCGGAGAAAUUACGACGUUCAUGGAUGAAAUAAUUCGGAAAUCAGGGGAGUUAAAAGUCGACAGGGAGAUGCAGGCAUUCCUGGGCGGAAACGUGAUUGAGGGAGGAAGUGAUACCACAUCGUCGUUUCUGCAUUCUUUCGUUCUACUACUGGCCGCCUUCCCUGAGGCACAGCACAAGGCGCAGGAGGAGAUGGAUCGUGUGGUAGGGCCAGAUAGAAUGCCGGCGCCCGAAGAUUACCGGAAGUUGAUAUAUCUCCAAGCGCUGAUUCAGGAAGUUCAUCGGUUCAGACCUGUCGCCCCGCUGGCCCUACCUCACGCAUCCCUCUCCGACGAGAUCUAUAAAGGUCACAUCAUACCCAAAGGUAGCACGAUAUACAUCAACGUCUGGGGCGUCUACCAUGAUCCAGAAUUAUACGAUCGCCCAGACGAAUUCAUACCGGAACGUUUUCUGGAAUCCGAGUUCGGCACAAAACCUGGAACGGACACCAGCGAUUUCAAGCCUGACUUGCUAUUUGGGGCCGGGAGGCGUGUGUGUCCUGGGAUACACUUGGCUCAGAAUACGUUGAUGGUCAAUAGCAUGAACCUUAUAUGGGGCUUCGAUUUUGCGCCGACCGUCAACAAGCUGACUGGGGAGAUCGAGCCCUUGGAUCUUUGGGCCUAUCAUAAGGGCGUGGUGACAGAUCCCCGCCCGUUCGUAUGCUCCAUCAAACCCAGAACGCCGCAGCACGCUUCCACGAUCCGAAGAUGCUUCCAGGAGGCCAUACCUUCUUUCGCGCCCUAUGAGGAGCGUUUGAGUGCGGAAGACAAAGCGUGGUUGGUUGAGAGCAGGAAAGACCUGUUUUGA